AUGGCCGGAAAAUCCUCCAUCACCAAGAUUCCGCAGUCUGAAGCUAAGCUUCAAUGGUACGAAUCACUCAAGACCUUCCCGGGCCUAAAGUUCACCGAGGGUUUUGGUGAUCAAGUCAUGUCGACCAAAGCCGAAAAGGCAUUCAUCGAUAUUCUCUGCGACCGCUACGAAAGGCGAAACGAGGCAGUGCAAUUCGACAUUGAUCGCAAGAUCGUCAUUGCUAAUCGCGGCCAUAACCUCAUCACUCUAGUCCUGUGGGUUGCCGAAGACCCGGAGUCCAUCUUUGGCGGUGUGGAUCUCAACUGGGAAUCUGCCUGGGAUCUUGCCGUGGAGAAGCUCAUCCGCCUGGUUUCAUUCCGCUGCGCCCCUUUCUGCUGUAAGGACAUUGGUAAUGUCAUGAGUACCAUUGUGAACGCACGUUGGGCCCAUCGGGAAAAGCCUUACUCUUGCAAGCCGACUACCGUCAUAGGGCUCAAGCGCUUUCUCUGCAGCCUCGACAGAUUGAGCGAGUUCAUUCGAGAGAGCGACUUCGCCCGCGCGUACAAGCAGAACCCAGCCAUCCCCUACAAAGGUCCCUCCGCCACUGUUGUCCAGAAGACUCCGAUUGCCAAAAACCCGGAUCCUAGAGCUCGAUACGAUAGCUAUCCGGUCGCUAGAACUCAGCAAAGCCCCAUUGCUUCUGGCGCGACUCCCAAGAACAACGACCAGAGCGCUGCCAUUGAGAAGAUGCGGCUUGAAGUCAACAAGCUGCGCGCUGAGAACGAGGCUUUGCACUCUCUGCUUGCCAAAUCUCAGGACGAGAAGGUGGCCCUGCAAUGGGAUCUUGUCAAGGCUAGCUCUCGUGAAGCGGAGCUCAUGACGGAGCUGCGUCGCAUGUGA